AUGUGUGUAGUCAACUCUGACAAAAACGUUAAUAUAGCUAAUAUACUGACUGGCUCUUUGUCAAGUGGUUUGAAUAGCGGUUUGAAUAGCGGUUUGAAUAGUGGCUUGUCUAACGCUCUUCCUCACAGUAGCACAACAAAUGCUUUAUUAGGGGGUGCUAGCACCGGAGAGGGAGCAAAUAUGCACACGUGCAAGUCUGCUGGCUGUUCAUCUUAUAAGGAUAUCAUAAAGAAUACAUCUAGUGAUGAUUGUUUACAUGGUUUUAUAUGCAAAAGUUGUAGUAAAUCACAUGCAAAAAACCCUAAUAUAUGCUUCUAUUCUUCUUUAGAUGGAUAUGAAAAUUUAUAUGAGGCGUUAUUAGAAGACUUCAGUCCUACUCCAUACGAUACGUUUAAAGUUCCAUUAGACAAAUCAAGUAAAGACAUAAAGAACAAAAUGGACCGAAAGAACAAAAAGAAGGAGCUAUAUGAUAAGGGGGAUAACAAUAAUAACAGCAAUAAUAAAACUAAUGGUAAUGGUAAGAAUGAAGGGGAAGGGACAAAGGAUGAAGGAAAUAUAGAAAAGAAUAGAGAAAGAACGAAAAAAAAUGUAAAGGAUAAAAAUGGAAGUACUAAGAAUGAAGAAGAAGGAGAUGAAGACAGAGAAGUGGAAGAGGAUGAAGAGGAUGAGGAGGACGAGAGGGCAAUGAAGGGUAAAGAAAAAAAAGAGGGAAUAGGAUCAAAAGAUAGUAACACAAAAAAGAGUAGUAACAACAGUGAGUCAAAGGAAGAUGAGAUAGAAGCUUUUUUAGAAAAAUCUGCAAAAACUCGAGAAAAUAAUUCAGAAAUGCAUGAGUUGAUAAAAGGGGGAAAAGAAAAUAAAAAAUAUUUUUAUGACUAUAAGUAUAAGAAUAAGAACAGAUAUUAUUCUGAACCGUACAUGCGAUAUAAAAUGCAACAUCCUCUUAUCGAACAUAGAGUUAAAGAAGAGAAUGUCCAUUACUCCUUCUUAGGGGGGGAGGAAAAAGAUAAAGGAAAAGACAAGAAAAAAGGGAAGGAAAAGGUAGUAUAUAAACGAUUAAAAAUUAAUAUUAAUAAGCAUGAAGAAUACCUUAAAAGCAAGCUAAGCAAAUGCCAUAUCUCGGAGGAAGGUAUAUCAUCCAUAUAUAUAAAAGUGCUUCUUCAAAUUGUUAAUAAUAAGAAUGAAAUAUACACAGAUGUUAAUAGGAGGAGUAUUGUAACUAGUGGUGGAUAUGCAAAAGAAAAUGAUACAGAGGAAGGGACGAAUGAACACAGUAAGUCAAAUGAUAAUGAAGAGGAAGAUAUGGAUGACAAUGAUGAUGAAGAAGAGAAUGGAAAUAAUAAAUUAAAAAAAGGUGGGAAGAAAAGAAAUGGAGAUGGUGAUGAAGAGGAAGAAGAGGAAGAUGAUGACGAUAAUGAGAAUAAACAGAAUAGAAAUGAUUCGGAAAAAAAUAAUAAUUUAUCUAAAAUGAAUAAUUUAUCGGCAAAUGUUAACAUUAAUAACAAUCCCCAUCUGAAUAGGUAUGCAUAUAUAGAGGUACAAAAUUUUAAGCAAAGUGAGGUAUCACACAGUUAUGAUAUAAAUAGGGAAAACUCAACUUAUGAAAAACGUCCCAAUAACAUACGAAAAUGGAAAGUACAUAACACAAUGGACACUACUUUAGAACUAGAUAAUGAUAUAAGUAGAAAAAAGAUACAGACAUAUAAUUCACAUGUAAUUAACUACUUAAUUAAUGGGAGUUCAAAAAAUAAGGAUGUAAAGGAACAUACUAUUAUGAAGGAGAAACCUACCACACACGUAAAUCUUCCAGAUGAUUUGAAAUAUACUUUUUAUCAGUACAAAAUGAGGGAUGAUAUGGAUGGAGAUUCGAUGGGAAAUUAUUACAAGUCUAGGAAUGGGUUCUUUAAAUCGAUAUUUAGCAAAGUAUUCAAAAGAAAAAAGUCUGAAGAAGAUGGUGAAGAAGAUCAAGAAGAAGAGAAGGAAAAAAAGGAAAAAAAAAAAAAAAAAAAAUGGAACUUUCCAUGGACUAGAAAAAAAAAAAAUGGGGAAAAUAAAAGUGAGCAGGACGAGUCUGACGAUGAGUCAGACGAAGAAGAAAAUAGCAAUUCUGAUAGAAAAGGAAGCGGUAGUAGAAAACGAAGUGAAGAUGAUGAAGACGAUGGUACUAGUAGUAAUCAUACUGGUAGUAGAGGUCAUGGAAGAGGUAGCCGUGGAGGUGAUAAUGAUGAGGACGAUGAGGAUGGGGACGAGUCCAUGAGCAAUGGAAGUAUCAUAGGGAGCAAAGGAAAAAAAAGCAAUGAUAAGAAUAAUAGUAGGAACAGGAAGAAAAAGGAUAGAUUUAAAAAAAUUAAAACAAAAAUGAAGGAUCUGUUCGUCCGAGUUAAAAAAAAUGUUAUACCAGAGAAACAGAAAUUACAUAUUGAAGCUUUUUUUAACAGUAUCAUUGUUAAAACAUGCAAAGAUUCUCUAAAAUGGGAUGGAAAGAUGUUUAAAAAACAAUCUCUUGUAGAAAUGACUCUGAAAAUACCCGUUAAAAUGAAAUAUAUAGCAGACAAGCCUUUAAAUUUUUUUAGAUCAGGUUAUGAGGUUAUCUUGACAUGCCGUAAUUGUACCCAGAUUUUGUUUAACUCAUGCGUUCAGGUGUACUGCACGAAGAGAAUGACGAUCAAAGAUACAAAAAAUGAUGGAACAAAUGCAAGCGCAGAUUUACAUUCAGAUAUACACUCAGCGGAAAAUGGAGCGGCCCACUCGACCUUGGGGGGAGUGACCUCAAAUGUUGUUGCUGCUUCUGCAGGUUUAUAUGCAAUGGGCAUACCCGAUUUUGCCCCCUUACCAACUUACGACUACAAGAUGCAGUUAUUCCCUGGCAAUAUAAAUACAUCAACAGAUUAUUAUAACAGUGAUAUAAACAUAUAUGCAAAAUUUUCUGUUCUUUUUAUGAUCGCUUUAAUGACAUUAUUAAUGUAG